AUGAUCACCCUAUUGAGAGGUUCUGUAACAUUGAACCUAUCCUACCUAUUGGUCCUUAUUUCCACACUGCUUUUUGUCAGCGUCGCUGUUCAAGGUCAAUCUCUUGUAAUUAUUCAAAACACACUUUCUCUCUACAAUGGAGACAAUAUUACCUUAACCAAUGCAAAUCUUGUUUCAACUCUCAACUCUGUCAAUGCUCCUCCUCGUAUCAUCUACUCAGUCGUGCCAGGAACUCUUAGUAAUGGUCAAUUUUUCCUUUUCAGUAAUGUGACUGGUUUAUAUGCUCCAACCACUUCAUUCUCUCAACAAGAUUUAGCAAAUGGAUAUGUUCGUUUUUCUCAUCCAGGAAAUCAACAAAUGCCAACCUAUACUUUGAGAGCAGUUGAUCCCUUGUUGAAUGUCGCUUCUCAAAAUUCUACUGCUUCGAUUAUUUUCACAGCUUUUAGAAGAGGAACUAUUGGUGCUCCAAGACCAAUAUUUGAAGCCAGUGUGGAUCCAAAUACGUUGAUUGUUACAUUGAGAAUUACCAUGUUUAAGAGAGUGUUUGAUACUCCUGAGGCCAAUUUCAAUUUGGGUCUUUCUUCAUUGAUGGCCUGUCAACAAUCCGAUUUGAUUAGAGAUGGUUUUACAUUGGUUGCCAGUACCAAUUGGUAUAACACUUAUCAAUUCACAGCUCCACUUUCAAGUUACCUCACAAAUCCAAAUAUUCAACAAGUAAGCAAUGGAGGUGUGAUUGAUCUCGUUGCAACCAUGUUUGCAGAUUACAUGAUUACUCGUUUGAUUCCAUCUAAUUCUAACGGUGGUGAUAUCUAUGUCAUUCCUUCUCAAUCAGGAACUUGUUACCAAGUCAUUUACACCCAGAAAUAUAUUUUGACUUUGACAUUAGCUAUCACUCGUGUCAACUUUAACAAUACCAAUCCUAAUAGCUUCUUGCAACCUAAAAAGAUUUUCAUCAACGAUUUGGGAAGAUUGGAAAUUCGUUUGAUUGUCUACACAACAGUCACUGAAACCAUUACUUCAUGGAGAGUGACUGGUCCUUAUGCUUUCAACGUUACAGAUGCUGUUUUCACAGGUUCUUCGAAUGGUUUCAAUUAUUACUCAGUGGUCUUGCAGUCGUUUGUCAUUAGCUCUGAAGUUGACUUUUAUGGAGAUUACGUGCUCUCCUUCACUACCAUCUCAAAUCAAGUCCAUUCCAUUCCUUAUUCACUGCAAUAUCUGGUUCCUUAUCCUCCUAUUGAACAAGUCUUAUUAUUUGACACUCAAGCUCAAACCUUUGCCAAUGCAGCUCUCACUACUCCAAGAACUCAAUUCUCUCCAACGGAUACCGUGUAUGUGAGAGUGGAUGCCAAUAAUGCACCAGUUCUUUCAGCUUUCCAACUUGCUCCAUACGAUGUGAUUUUGUGUUGCUUCCAGAGCUUUGCAUCCAUACCUGCUGAUGUGGACUGUAGAAAUGCAAGUCGUGCUGGUGAUUUCAGUGCCAAUAUUUUCAUUGAUGGUGCGGCUGUGAGAGCAGAUCCAAGUGUGAAUCCAGGAGUGUUGCCUCCUCCAAAUACUCAAAGUUUUGGAUUCAAUUUCAACUUCCCAAUUGCUAUUAGAAAUGACGUCGAUCGAAGAUGUUUCUUGACCAUUGAAACUGCUUACCUUCCUCGUAAUACUUCAACAAGAUCCAUGAUGGAGUCGUACAGCACUGAAGCUGUGGCUGCAAAUACACCAGUUCCAAAUACUGUAGCUUCUGUCACGUACAGAGUGUUCGAUGUCAUUCCAAACAACAAGAAUGGAAAUGGCAAUGGUGGUGUGAGUAGUGCAGCCAAGCAAGGUGGUUCUUCAUCAAUGAUGACAUUGGUUGCUCUCAUGAUUGCUGUGUUCAUUUCCGUUGUGUUAGGAUGUUAA